AUGGCUCUGGAUGAAGUACACUUACAUACAAAAUACACCUGUGACAUGGCCCUGGGAAGAGUCAUUUCCCUUGACCUCUGUGAGUUGCACCUGGCGAGCAGGCGUCUUGAUCCUGCGCUCUUCAACCUCACAUCCCUCAGGAACCUCAACCUUGCAUUCAGUGACUUCAAUGAAGCCUUGCUCCCAGCUUCUGGGUUUGAGCGGCUCAUGGAUAUGAUCCACCUCAACCUCUCGUACACCUAUUUUAGGGGUCAGAUCCCAAUUGGAAUUGCCAGCCUCAAGAACCUUGUCACCCUUGACUUGUCUCGUAAUUAUGAUUUGUAUUUUGGGCGGCCAAAUUUCCAAGCCUUCAUGGCAAAUAUGAGCAAUCUGAAGAAUCUCUAUCUUGAUGAACUGGAUUUAUCUAGCAGUGGGUCCACUUGGUCCAGUAUUUUAGCAGACUCCGUUCCUCAGCUACAGGUUCUUAGCUUGUCCUGGUGUUCUAUAUCAGGUUCUAUCCACCCUUCAUUCUCAAGGCUUCACUCGCUUACGAUGAUCAACUUGGGAUACAAUUCUGAACUUACCGGCAAAGUUCCUGAGUUCUUUUCUGAGCUAUCUUCCUUGACUGUUUUAGACAUAUCAGGAACUCAGUUUGAAGGACAGUUUCCCACAAAAAUAUUCCAGCUAAAAAGUUUGAGGUCUCUUGAUUUUUCCGAUAACCCCAUGCUUUCUGUGAGACUAACACACUUCCCCGCUGGAAAUAAUUUGGAAACACUAAAUCUAGCAGGGACCAAUUUCUCUUAUGACAUGCCGUCCUCGUUUGGCAAUCUUGAGUCUCUAAAGACAUUGGGGUUUAACACGAUGGGCAUUGAUGACAAACUCUCAACUUUGAUAUCUAAGCUUCCAUCAUUAGAUGACCUGCAACUCAUGGGAUCAGAUUUGGAGAACCCGGUAUUAUCUUGGGUCAGCAAUCUUACCCAAUUGACGCACCUAAAGCUUGAUGGUUAUGACUUCUCUAAAUCAGUUCCCACUUGGAUCGGCAAACUGACAAGGUUGGAAAGUUUGACAAUACGGGACUGCAGUUUCUCCGUGCCAAUACCGUACGAGAUUGGAAAUCUUACAGAAUUGGCAGAGCUGGAGUUAUGGAGUUCUGACUUCUUUGAGCAGAGAAUGACAUCUUGGAUAGGCAAUCUUACAAAGUUGACUUCUUUGACCAUUUUUACUUGCAAUUUCUCUGGGCCAAUACCAUCAACAAUUGGGAACUUGAUCCAACUUGAGGAGCUGGUGGUCUGGUCUUCUAACAUCACUGGUGAGACUAUGUCCCGAUUACUUUCUUUUUUCAGCUGUAGACAGAUCUUACACCUACUUUAUGACAUGCCAUGCAUACACCGUUAAUAAAAAUGCUAACAGAUUUUAAGUGAAUAGUAAAUUCCCUAUUUUACUUAACCUAUGAAAUCAAUGGAGCAACCUUCAGAAAACAAGAAAAAUGCUUUAUUUGGCAAUGUUGAGAAAAAACCAUGAUAUGUUCAAUUUGAGUCUCUGACCAAUUUUCUGUAGUUUACCGGUUUCAAUGGUGAGAUGCUUUUAACACCAGCACACUAACUAAUAUCAAUUUUUUUUAGUUUUUAGCCAUCUUGCCUCUCUCUCUCAUCCUAGAUAUAUUUCAGAUACAGGAAUGCAAUAUUGGGUAGAUUACAUAAAUAACAAGCAAUAUGUUAAUUAUUUUGGAUAUUGGACAAACAUUUUCAUAUUUUGGGCAGCUUUACAUGGCAAUUAAAGGUUCUCAAAAUGAGAAAUCAAGCUUAGUAUAUAUUAUCAUUGUAGGCUAUAUUUGAAAAAUGUACAUCAAAUAUGUUAUGUUAACAUUGUUCAUACUUUCUCUGGCCCAAGGCUUGUUUGAAACAGUGUAAUAACAAAUAAAGGGAUUAGAAAACACAUGAAUAAGGCAGGACGUUUCAACCCUAAACUACAAAACGGAACACCAAACACCAUUCAAUUAUUGAACUAUACAACUAAGUUUUUUUGAUGGUUUCAAAGGUGGUUUUGAUUUUCUAAAAAUUAAAAUAUUUUGGUUUAACUUAAAAAUAUUAAAAUGAAUUCAUUUUAGAUCAUAAAAAAUAUGAAACUGCAAUUAAUUUUUUUUCUAAAGAACUAAUCUAUCUGUUGUGCUAUGUUUUGGGUUACUUGGAUCUUAUUUAUUGUGAUUCAGUUAAGAAGCAAGAUGUUUAGUGCCAAGUUUUUUCGGAACAUGAAUUAUAUAAAAACGGCAAAUGAACUAUACGGUAUAAACAUGCCCAAAUUCAAAUUUGAACAGUUUUUCUUUGAGGAAAAAUAGAUAAGUUAUAUUAAUUUAAGCAUUAUCUGGUUGUCUAUUCAGAAAAGGUGAUGAAAGCUGAUAUAUUUAGCUCCAAUGGAUAGGUUAUGUUAAUUUAAGCAUUAUCUGGUUCAAGUUCAUACUGGCGCUUUAGUGUGAAACGGCAUUAACAAAGUCUACAACAUUCUGACUGGUAUUCUACCGUUACAUGCAGGAAAAAUUCCAAAGUCUUUGUUUGCUCUUCCAGUCCUGCAACAGCUUCUUCUGCUUGAGAAUCAGCUUGUUGGCUCACUGGAAGACAUUCCUUCUCCUUUAUCCUCACCAUUGAGGGAGAUUGAUUUAAGAAGUAAUCAAUUGACAGGC